CAUCGCAAGGAUGUCAGACGCCAGCAAGCAAAUAAUGGCACAGAAAAGUACUAAAAUUGCAGCUGGGGCUGUUGUGUGUGUUGAAAGCGAAGUAAGAGGAGAUGUGACCAUUGGUGCUAGAACUGUUGUUCACCCUAAAGCAAGGAUCAUAGCAGAGGCAGGGCCUAUUGUCAUUGGAGAGGGGAAUCUAAUAGAGGAGCAGGCUCUUAUUAUUAAUAGUUAUCCAGAGAAUAUAAUGCCAGACACAGAGGGAGUUGAGCCAAAGACCAUGACUAUUGGGGCCAAUAAUGUAUUCGAAGUUGGAUGUGUCUCUCAAGCUCUGAAAAUUGGAGACAAUAAUGUGAUUGAGUCCAAGGCUGAUCUCGGAAGAAAUGUGAUUCUGACCAGUGGCUGCAUCAUCGGCGCGUGCUGCCAGAUCAACAACUGUGAGGCCGUGCCAGAGAACACGGUUGUGUACGGUUCAAACUGCAUCAGGCGUGUGCAGAGUGAGAAGCCACAGCCUCAGACUCUGCAGCUCGACUUCCUCAUGAAGAUUCUGCCCAACUACCACCACCUGAAGAAGACGGCUAAGGGCAGCGGCACGCCUGUGAGAAACUGACAUGGAGGGAUCAAACCUCCUGCGACUCAAAGCAUCUGCACACACAGACGCCACAAUCAAACACAUUUCCCUCCACUCGCACUUGUCUUACACUUUAUUGUUGUUCCCUAAUGUCUAACAGGUUACCUCUAGCAUUGAAAAUUACCAUCACACUCUACCUUUCUUCCUUCAUUUGAAGAAUCAUCACUUUUCUUUUCUUUCUUACUGACUGUUUCUAGUUUUGCACUUUUGCUUUCAGAUCAAUAUUAUGAUUAUUUAUGAUAUAUUUUGGCCCUGAAAUGAUACAUUUCCAGUGUCAUUUUUAUGUUAAUCAAUUAUAUUAAUCUGUAUAUAUAAUUGUUCCAAAAAAAACAUAAAUA